GGGAAAAGAAUAAAAAACAUGUAAUUAAAUUAUUUUCAAACUCUGUGUUUUGACAUGAUUCCAUCACCAAACUCACCUUCUCUUUCUUGGCCCCUUUGGUCUGAUAGUCUUUCAUUCUCAUCUUCUGUUGCAUCGUUUGGUGUAUUUGUUUGUUUAAUUAAUUGAUUGUCUGAUUGAAUUAUAUAUAUGCAAAUAGAGUUUCUUUUUCUUGUUUUGGUCCAAAUAACUAAAUAAAAAAGUGGGUGUUGUGGGGAAGAAGAUAGAACGAAAGGGUAUGGCAGCGUCAGGCGGUGUUGAGAGAGAGAUAUGGAAGGCACAUGUGGCUAUGGCGAUGGUGCAGUUAUUUAAUGGAGGAUAUCACGUUAUUACAAAAGUGGCUCUUAAUGUUGGUGUCAAUCAGCUUGUUUUUUGUGUCUGUCGUGAUCUCAUUGCCCUCUCCAUUCUUGCCCCCUUAGCUUAUAUCCGUGAAAAAAGGGUUCGACCCCCUAUUACCAAACGCCUGCUCACAUCAUUCUUCUUCCUUGGCUUAACAGGGAUAUUUGGCAACCAGCUAUUGUUUCUUAUUGGCCUUAGCUACACAAAUCCAACUUAUGCUGCUGCCAUACAGCCUUCAAUUCCAGUCUUUACAUUUCUCUUGGCUGUGAUGAUGGGUACAGAAAGAGUGAAUCUGUUUAAAACUGAAGGUCAAGCAAAGCUUGGAGGCACCCUUGUCUGUGUUUCAGGUGCUAUAUUGAUGGUUCUGUUCCGUGGUCCAGCUUUCUUUGGAUAUAGUGAAGAAGUCUUUGCUACAAGUGAAAUAAGCGCCAAGGGUCAACCAGAACCUGCUGGGUGGUUCUUGUCUAGCUUUCUGUACAUAGGACUGGACGGUUGGCACCUUGGAGUUUUAUGCUUAAUAGGAAAUUGUAUGUGCAUGGCUGCUUUUCUGGCCAUUCAGGCUCCAGUUUUAACAAAAUAUCCUGCCAGCCUUUCAGUCACGGCCUAUUCAUAUGGUUUUGGAGCUUUGCUGAUGGUGAUCACAGCAAUUUUUAUGACCAAUGGAUCAACAGAAUGGAGUCUGACGCAGUCUGAGCUCUGGGCAGUCAUCUAUGCUGGAAUUGUUGCUUCUGCGCUUAAUUAUGGACUCCUGACAUGGUCCAAUAAGAUCUUGGGGCCUGCUUUAGUUGCACUUUACAAUCCACUUCAACCUGCAGCUUCUGCCUUCCUGUCAAGAAUUUUUCUUGGAAGCCCCAUUUAUUUGGGAAGCAUCUUGGGUGGUUGCCUAAUCAUCGCUGGUCUUUAUUUGGUAACUUGGGCGUCCCACAGAGAAAGACAGGCAUUUGCUGGGAUUAUUUCUUAUGUUACUGCCCGGGUCUCUGAUCCACUCAUUCAGAAAGAUGCAUCAGCUAACAAGGGUGCGUACCAGAGAGGACACAUGCAGUCAGCAUCCUCUUCCUUGCCAAAACCCACAGAUUAAGCAGGCAAACAAUGAAAUAAUGUUUAUGUAGAUGAGAGUUGUUUUGGCUGCAUGGACAUAGCAGAAAAUUCUUCAAAUUAUCUCCCUUUGCCAAUAGAAAUAUGGAAGACAGGUGGAUCCUUGAGGAUUUUCGUGCUGCGUGCGAUUAGGACUCUUGCAGAUUUUGAAUGACUGAAUGAGGAUGACUAUGAGGUAAGAGCCAGUGAAUUCUGCAAGUUACUGAUAGACUUGAAUCAGGAUGCAAGAUCAGUGAAUGCUAACUCCUAUUGUUUUCUUAAUCCGUUUAAUCACUAUCUGGUUCUGCAUUUCUGGUCUUCAUAUCGGUUGCUUGUUAUCCCUUUUGUUUCUUUCCUGGUUGUAGGGAUAACCUAUUUAAACUAUUGCUCAGAAUUUCUGGGUAAGAACAUAAAAUGUAGAUGUUCUCUCCUUUCUUAUAUUAAUUUAUUUAUAAUCAAGAAUUUGCAGAUU